CAGCUCUGCUUGUGUCACAUGGAAGCACAGUAGCUGAGCCGAGGGGAUGCGAGUACAGAUGGAAGGGGCUUGAGGGAUUGUGGAGGAGAAAACCUGGAGGUAACACUGGAGAAAGCGGCAGCAGCAGCAGCAGCAGCAGCAGCACACAAGCAGGUUAGACACUUCCCAGCCUCCCUUCUGGCUGGGGAGCAGAGGCGCGCGGACGGGGCGCACAAGCGGGUCAGCGGGCGCUAAAGGAUGUCACAUGCAAUAUGCUGCAUUCCUGUUUUCUGAAGCCCAAGAAAGCCAAGUUCUCUUCUUGAUUGAUUAUGCUCGCGGGGAGCGCCUGGUCCGAGGGGAAGCAGAAACUAAAUGAAGCGACCAGGGUUGAUGCUGCGCCUCCCAAAAUCUCUGAGCUGAAUCCCAGUGAGAACGUGGUACUUCCCUGCGUGGAUGAGUUGUAAGGGUGUGAGUGUGAGUGUGUGUGAGAGCAAGUGAGCGUCAGCGCUCCCACAUGGCCUCCAUGCAGGACGGGCUGAACUUCACGGCUCCUCCCUACGGCAAGGUCCUGCUGCUGGGUGCUAUCGCUGCUGCCUCAGCCUUUGUUGUCACCAUCCUCAUCGUGGUGCUCUGCGUGGGCUGCCAGAGGAAGGGGAAGACACACAAUGUUCCCAGCGAGGGUGGAAAACACCGUCUCAUGGACAUGGGUAUACUCAGGCAGUCGAAGCUGCGUUCCAUCAGUAAAUCAGACACUGAGAUGAACAAGAUGAACUGCAAUGGCAAAAGCAGGCAGCUUCCCCAGAUCCCCUCCGGGACUGGAGAGGACGGAGAGCACACUUACUCUGAAGUGGGCCGAAGCUCUUCCACCACACGUACUGACGAUGCCCUGUACGCCAUGGUAGGCAGGGCCGGGCAGACGGACACCCCGGCCCCUCCGGCAGUCCCCGCCAACACCCCGGCGCCCCCAGACCCAGACGGUGAUGUGGAAGGAGGGCUACCCGAACCCGAGGCCCAGGUCAUGGCUCCCCCUCACCCUCCGGAGACGGCCGAGUACGCCUGCGUCAGGAAGCUGAGGAAGGCUGACAAGGCACCCCAAAAGAGGGACAGCGGGACGGAUAUGGUGGAGCCGCCGGUGCCGCCUCCACGACACGCCCCGCCGUCACAUCCCGCCCCUCCUCCACCACACCCCCAUAGCACAAAGUUGCCCCGUAGAAACGUGGAUGCCUUCAACGUCCCGGCGUUCCCAAAGCACUUUCAGCUGCAUCUCAUCUCCAUGACAACUGGGCAAACUCCAUACGCUGAUGAAGACCAUGAGAUGCAGUUGAAAGUGGAAAAGCUAGAAGUGAUGUUCAUGGGCAACGGAGAGCAGUAUAUCUGGAAGCCUCCAGAGGAGGAGGAGAUGCUCAUGCACCAAACUAAAGCCCUGGGACCACCAAGUGCUCACACAGUGGAGAAUAUACAACCGGCUGCCACUGUGGUGGCUGAGAUGUACUCCAAGGUGUGUAAACCAGGAAAGAAGAAGAGAGCCGUGCCGGGGUCUCCUCCAGCCAAUCCUGGCUUCCGGACCUUGGGUCGUGGAGACCGGGACCGAGACCGGGACGGGGGGUUUAGUGUAGUGGUCAAACCCCAGACGUGGGCCCUUCAAGAGGGCAAAGCAGUGGGAGGGCCCCUGGUAGACCACUGCUACGAGUCCAUCGGGACAGAGGAGUGCGAUCUGGCCUAUGAGAACAUGGAAGGUGGCGGCGCCUGGAAGCGAGAGAGGCCCCCCAACACGUGUGCCACCCUGCGGCCGAGGAGGAAGAAAGCCCAGCAGCCCUUGCAGCAACAGCAGCCCCCUCCCCCGCCGCCCACACAGCAGACCCCCAAGUUACAGCACCUGCCCGCCAAAGCCCUGCUGCUGCCGGGGGAGAACCUGUAUGAAAGCAUCGGCGACCUGAAGCAGGGCUCCGCCACCUCCAGCACCACCACCAUCUUCACUUUCAACGACGGCAUGGAGAUGUAUGUGACAGGGCUCUGAGGCGGCGGCUGCACUGUGACCCCUAUCCUUCCACACAAGGAGCUGAGCUCACACCACAAGGAGUGACGGCUGAGCCCCUGUCAUGCUCACCCACACAUACUGUUUACAUUCAAGUCAUAACGUCAUGCCUCUCACAGGCCCACGAGGCCUCGGGCAAUAACGUUGAUCUGUUAUGACCUGGGCUGAACACAAAGUCCAAUCUAAAAACCUUAUAAGGAAUCCAAAGGUAGUGAAUAAUAAAUGAGCACAAGACCAUCGCAGAGCAGUCUGCAGGUAACAGUAGCACUUCUAUUUUACUGAUACAUAUGUGCGAAGCACAAUAAAGUAAAAAGCCUAAAUUCUUCCUCAAUUCUAGCGGGUAAAAAUAGUCCUAGCAGGACUCUUAUCAGGGGAAAAAGGCACAGCGUUGUGUGAAAUCUUUUGGUAGCACUUAUCAUGAACAGGCCUUCCCUGUAGUUGGUCAAGAUGUGAUUCAGGACGGAAUUAAAAUGAUAUAAAGGAAUGAAUUACUAAUCAAAAUUCUUGAACGCUCAGGGACCGAGAGAAACAAUUAUGAGAGUAUUAUAAUAAAAAUUGCACACAUUUUGCAUUCCUCCUAAAAGCUUCAACUAAUUUAGACUAUCAUUAUGUUGAAAAACCAACCAGAUACUUCCCUCCGUCAUGUUUUGUUUCAUCUUACAUGGACUGAACACUGUCUCCACUGCCGUCUGUAAAUGAAGUGUUUUACUUUGUUGAUCCUGUUUCUGCACUUUGCCUGCUACAAGUUGCAUGCUAAAAAAA